UAGCGUAGUUUGGAAUGAUCUAAACGUCACGUUUGUCAUCUUCCUCUCUCUUUCCCUCGUUCUUCGUGGUCAUAAAUAUAUAAUAAUAUUAAGUAAAAUUAUACAAAAAUAAAUUCUGGGUUCGUUGAAUUUUGUGUAAAAAAUGAGUCUUUAUACAGAAAAUUCAACUUGAAAUUGUUUACUGACCAGUCAUUGAACCACUCCAACUUUGCUUAUUUAGUUUUUAUACAAAGUGGGGUUGUAGAAAAUUCAAUUUUCUUGAGGUUUUUUUAUUAAUUUUCAGUUUUUGGGUAUUAGUUAUUAACUCAUUUUGAUGAAGGGGUAGUUGGGUUUUGAUAAAGUUUUGACCUUUUUGGUGUUUGAAGUGAGGGUUUAUGCACAGCUGUUUUUUUUUUUUGGGUUUUCUUGAUUUCAAUGGUGUAAUUUUGUCUGAUGCGGUGUAUGUAUUAAAGUUUUAAGCGGUUGCUUUUUGGAAGUUUUUGUACUUAGUCAACUAUUUGAAGGGGGGUUUGUAGUUUAAUUUUGUUUCUGUAGAGUUUUGAGUGUAUGAACUGAGGUUGUGGAUUGUUGAUGAUGAUGUGAAGAUUGGUAGAAAAGGCUAUAAGAGUGGUACUUCUGGGAUGCCCAGUUUCAUUUCUCAGAUUCCAGUUUCAAAUCACAUGGGCACUGAAGGGAACAAUACAAAUACUUCUCGAAUGUCUGAAUUUGGGGUGCUUGAGCAAUAUCUUGGAUUCCGUAUCGGAGAUGGUGCUAAUGUUAAUCGAAGUCCCCUAUUUAAUUCAACAUCUGCAGCUAAUCCAGCAGUGGGAUUUGACGUCUCUGGAACCAUCAAUAGGAAUUUAGCUCCUUCAAAUACAAGUUUGUCUACUGCUGCUCCGGGAUCUCAUGUAAUACAAUUGCAAUCAAACUUAGUUCCUGCAGCCGGCACUCAUCCUGAGAAUUGGGGCGAGUCCAACAUGGCAGAUUCUGGUUCUCGCACUGAUACUUCAACUGACAUGGAUGGAGAUGAUAGAAAUCAAAGGAUUGAGACGGGUCAAUCCAGGGCUAUUGCAGCUUCUGAUUCCAGUGACAAAUCAAAAGAAAAAGUCUUGGAUCAGAAGACAUUACGGAGACUUGCCCAAAAUCGUGAAGCUGCUAGAAAAAGUAGAUUGAGGAAAAAAGCAUAUGUUCAACAGCUGGAGAAUAGCCGGCUGAAGCUAUCGCAGUUGGAGCAGGACCUUCAGCGAGCACGUCAACAGGGGAAGUACAUUUCAAACAUGGCAGAUCAAUCAAACGGAGCGGGCGCCAGUGGGACCUUAGCAUUUGAUGCAGAAUAUAGUCGAUGGUUGGAAGAACACAACAAACACAUCAAUGAGUUGAGAACCGCUGUCAAUUCACAUGCAAGUGACCCUGAACUGCGAAGUAUUGUGAAUAAUGUCACUGCACAUUACGAUGAGGUCUUUAGGGUGAAAGGAAAUGCAGCCAAGGCAGACGUAUUCCAUGUCUUGUCAGGGAUGUGGAAAACCCCUGCCGAGCGGUGUUUUAUGUGGAUUGGUGGCUUCCGCCCCUCGGAACUUCUUAAGCUUCUAGUCAAUCAGUUGGAGCCUCUGACCGAGCAACAGUUAGCUGGCAUUUACAACUUGCAGCAGUCAUCCCAUCAAGCAGAAGAUGCUCUUUCACAAGGUAUGGAGGCGCUGCAGCAAUCCUUGGCGGAGACAUUAGCUAACGGAUCUCCUGCUACUGAAGGGUCAUCAGGAGAUGUAGCUAAUUAUAUGGGUCAGAUGGCAAUGGCUAUGGGGAAAUUAGGGACUCUUGAAGGUUUUCUCCGUCAGGCGGACAACCUGCGUCAACAAACAUUGCAACAAAUGCAUCGCAUAUUGACAACCAGACAAUCAGCCCGUGCUCUACUUGCAAUAAGUGAAUACUUCUCACGUCUUCGAGCUCUCAGCUCUCUUUGGCUUGCCAGACCACGAGAGCAAUAAGUAUGACAUGCAUCGCAAUACUCUACUGAAACUCGGAUAUACUACUUCGAUACACUGGCCAGUAUAUGAGAUCCAGCUAAGUUACUAUAUGUAAAGUGGUAUUGUAUGUGCUUGUGGAAGUGCAAAAUUUGUUUUCUAUCUCCUAGGUUUUUAGAAUGCCAAAAUUUUACUCUGCGACUUAGGAACCAAUAAUGUACCUGUGUUUUUAGCUUUACAAGGAAAAAAUUCAGUUAGGGAUAUUAAGAAGUGUAAUAGAUAUUUAGAAAGUUUUAUACUUAAAACAAAUUAUAGCUUGUGACUUAAAGGUUCUCUUCUGAUAUGUUGGAAAUAUACAAGCAUUUUAUCAUUUUUUCCCUUGUAUAUUUCUGCAAGAAAUGUUAAAAUCUGUUGUUAUUUAUCUUCCAUAAAAUCUAAAUACACCAAUUUAUGGAAAAAGAAAGAUGGAUAUUCUGAUAUUUUUCUUUUUCUUCGUCUUUAUACUCCUGUUUUCUGAAUUAUAAAUGUCAUACUCUACUUUUCACUGCCAAGUUGAAGAUUAGAAACAUAUAAAUUACUAGUUUUUUUUUUCAGAAAAAUAUUGGAACAAGUAAGUUGUUUUAAAUCGUCGAUGUGUGAUGUUAUGUAACGAUGAAGAACGUCACUUUAUUCAAAUAUUACAUUCAUCAAAAUAAAUAUAACUAUCAUUCAAACAAAGUGUAAGUACUUGGUCAAUCAAAGAUACAAUCCAUUAAAUAGAGAGAAAAAAAGAAGAAAAGAAAUUGAUUAGAAUGAUACAUCUCUCAUGAAUUUUGUCCCACAUCGUUAUCUAAGAGAAGUUGAGCAAAAGCAGCAGUAUAAGUAAUGGGCUGAGCAGACUGGAAAACAUACUUACCUGGACGGGGUCAAUGGGCGAUCAAUAAGACCUAUGGCCUAGGCUUGUGACCUCCAUUGCACUUUGGAGGGGUGCCUGCCUAAGGUCGACCCAAGUGGUCGAGCCUACGUCAUAAUUUGUUGCUGUGGGGGCCUGCGU